AUGGAGUAUUUUAUUCCAAAACCAGAUUAUCGCAGAAGCAAUGAGUGGAUGUGGCCCUAUCUCGACUUUGAUAUGGACGCGGAGGAUCUUUUCACCACCCUUCACGACCGCUUCAACACUCACGCAAUGCCAUUACAAACCCCAAGGUCGUUUUAUAACGAUGUCUGCGAGGUUUCUCGUCAAGCCAAAUCUCGUGAAGAACUCUAUUCUCUGCUAGAAGAACGCAAGAAUCAGCGCAUAAAAGAGAUGAAUAAGGCAUGGAAUGAUAUCGGUUCCUUCAUCUCUCUAAAGCCGCGGCUGAUGGGCUGCCCGAUCUGCUACGAUAAUCACGCUAUGGAUGAGAAUAUACCUCCUGAUUCGCUGAACGACUCGGUGGUAAAGCGGUGGCAUACUGCUUUUGAUGUCAUGAAAUUCUCAUCGUUUGACACUCUGAUUGCAUAUUUUGAUGGCUUCGUCAGGGAUGAUCGCAAGCAAAGGGAUGAUCUACGCCGCGAUAUGGACGAACGCUGGGCAAGACUCAGGGAGAAAAGACGCAAGAGGGAGGUUAUCGCCUCAAGCGCGUUCGAAGAGGGCACUGAGGAGGCCACUGAGGAGGCGCUCAGACAUAAAAGACGACGCACAAUGAGCGAGAGUGAUGGAGACGAUGACACGUUGAAGCCUGCUGCUCAGCAGUACCAGUGGGAAGCCACAGAGCCCACGGCGCCAACUUCGAAGCAAGUCGAGAAACGCAAACAGCCAAGCGAUUUGCACGAACAAGAUGGAGCGAGAAGUAAACGGCCCAAGCUAUACCACAGCACAGAUCCUGUUGACCAGGGUCCGUCCAUGUUCGCUGCGAGUUGUUAUUCGCCGAGCAAUCCCUUGGGUGGAUUGAACCAUUCCCACUCGUCCACGUUCUCUGAGAGUUAUUCGCCGAACAAUCCCUUGGGUGGUUUGAGCCAUUCCUACCCCAGACGGGAUGAGGACAAAAGUGGAUGGGCCUCAGCAAUUCCCCAGUCCCCUCCCUUUGACUAUUCAGAGAUGUUCUACAUAAGACGCUUGCCUCCACGAGAAAUAGAAGAACUGCCGGAUACGGAUCCUCCUGUUUAUACAGCAGAUACGAAGCGGUCCAGGGAGCCACUUCGGGCCAACGGCCGUCAACCGGUCGACAAAGGUCUCUCCCGCGAGGAACCAGAGACGUCAUCGUCUCAGAAACAACAACCGUCUCAGGACAAUCCGUCUCAGGAACAACCGCCUCAGAAGAAACCGCCUCAGAAGAAACGUCGAGAGCGGAAAACCUCACCCACCAUUGAACGAGUUUUACGUUCUAGGCGGUCUUCCCGACGGGGUACUAGGCAGGAUCUGUUGUUCCUUGGCGAUGAUGCCACCCCACACGUGGCUUCUCGUAAACGCAAGUUCUAG